CAGUGAUCGUAUUUUCUUUUCAGGAGUUGCACAAGAAGGAUACCAAUUAAUAACAUCCAAGUUCAAAGACUGCAAAUAAAAUGCCGGUAUCUACUCAGACGCCUUUCCUAGCGCAAACAAAUGGAAAUCACAUAGAGAAAUGGGACUGCCCUACCCAGCAAGGAGUCUGCGGGAAAAAGAGUGAAGUGACUACUGACUCCGUUUCACCACAAAGAAGCAUGACGUUACAUACGCUGAAGUUUGUUCCACAUUUUCUAGUGGACCAACAAGUUUCGACGUCACUGCAAGUUUUCCUUCAAAUUGUCGCUGAGAACAUGAAUAAGAACUCUAUCAAAGUUAUCGGCAUCAACAACACCCACAUAGGCUCCGUGUUUGACGAAAUGAAGAAAAUUGGUUCUUAUGUCCAUGGAAUUAAAGUUGUUUACGAAGAAUUCAAUGAAUUAGAUCUCAAUUCCUCAAUAAAGGGUAUUGGCACAUUUCUUAAGACUGCUGACGUAGCUAUCGUUCGUAACUUGUCUACUAAUGAAAAUAUGUGUCAGUUGCUACAUUUCACGCUUAAACGAAACUCCUUCAUAGUGAGCGAAGAGGACAAUUUGUUCGGAGGCCGCACUCGUCCGAAGUCGCUGUACAAUACUGUCUGCGCCCACAGUAAUGCGCACACACGGUUGGACCUGGUGCGGUGGCGGCCGACCAUGGAAGCAAUGCCUACGACUGCCAUCACAGUGCCCCAAGACCUGGAUCUGUCGCUUCUCUCUACUGCACGAUCAAAUUUCCCAUCUCAGCACCGUCUCCUCAUAGUAUCUCCCUAUCCAGCCUCUCAAAACCUCAAAAGCCUCGUUCAAAGCUGGAGACGAGACGUGGAACGGAACAAUGUGUUUUUGUUAACCGUUAAUAAGGAGGAAGGAAACAAUUUCUUUAUAGAUGACUUACCGGACAUCGAUUUGGCUUAUACUGUUUUUGAUCAUGGUAACUGGGGUGGCGAAUAUUAUGUACCAGUGCAGAAUAACGAGAGAGUGCUCAGUAAUGUGACGCUACAAAGCACACAAGUGGGAGAUAUCAGUUCCUUGGAGUGGGUCCAUGAUUCCAAGUCGUGUGGGACUGGAGUACCUGUGACUAUACACUACGCUGGUUUGACUAACACAGAUUACAAAAAAGCUAUUGGAGCCAAAUCUGCUGAACAUAACGAAGAAAACAGUUACGGCAUGGAUUUCAGUGGUGUCACUGAGAGCGGUGAGCGCGUGAUGGGUCUAGUCCCGUGCGGCGCGGCGAGCAGCGUGGUGCACGCGCGGCCGGAGCUGCUGUGGCCGGUGCCCGCGCACUGGACGCUCGAGGACGCCGCCACCGUGCCGCUGGCCUACGCACACGCACUCUACUGCUUGGGCAUUAAAAAGCCAGUAGACUUAACACCUGCAUCGAAGGUGUUUGUGCACAGAGGGGACGAGACUUUUGGCCAAGCAGUGAUAUCUAUCGCCCUCGGACACGGCUGUCGAGUCUACACGACAGUCACUCAUAAGAAAAACAAGUAUUUCCUAUUGAAACUGUUCCCAGAAUUACAAGCCGACCACAUCGGCAGUUUAAGAGAUCGUAACUUCAUAAACACGGUCUUGAACGACACCAAUGGCAAUGGCUGUGAUAUUGUGCUGAGUUGUGUUAAAGGAGACAUGAGAAGAACUUCAAUACUUUGUUGUGGAAUGGACGCCAUUUGCCUGGACUUUGCUCAACUUCAUAGCCUUAAUGAGGACAAUGCUUGCGGAGUAUUCAAUCUCAAGAAAUCGAGAUCUUAUUCUGCCAUUGAUUUCAAAACAAUGCUUGUCAAUAAUAAUACGGUAGAAAUGAAGAUGUUGCAACAAAUGUUGAGCGAGGGUAUCCAUAAGGGCUACGUGCGCCCGUUGACGCGCGUAUCGUACGCACCGCACGACGUAGCUCGCGCGUUCCGACUGCUAGCUGGCAGUAGACAGCGUACCAGGGUACUACUGAAAAUGCAAGAACCAACUCUUCAGACACAGCUCAGACUAUCUUGUGAUCCACACCAAAGUCAACUUAUAAUUCUAAGUGAAGAAAGACUCGGACUUGAAUUCGUUGAAAUGCUUGUGGCUCGGGGUGCUAGGAAACUACAUAUUCAUACAAAGACUGUUACGUCUGCAACGUUCCAAUUUAAACUAAGGAUAUUGGAGAAGAUGGGCGUGGUAGUCCAAACAUCAUCAGAUAGCUUGGAACAAGAGAGUGAUGUAGUGUUGCUACUGACGGACGCCGCCAGCAUGGGUCCGGUACAGGGUGUGUACGUGGUCACUAGCGAUGAUGACCAGCUCGAAGAACGAGUGCUGGCUCAUCUAGAUGCAGUGUCCAGAACAUUCUGCCGUAACUUGAGAAAUUUCGCCUUAAUAAAUAUUGGGAAGACAGCGUAUGGAAGGGAAAUGUAUUUAGCACGUCAUCAAAAUAAGUUACCAGCUAAGAUUAUUUCUCUACCUCAUAUCAUUGAUGAUUUAUCUCUUAACGAAGCAGUGGCUGCUUUAGAAGCUGCACUGUGCAGUGAGCACACAGUGAUGGUAGCUAAACAAGAAGCACUAUACUACGGCAAACAACUGGAUAACCUUGCACAUUUGGCCUGUACGUAUUUAUUGUGA